CUUGGUGCUGUAGCGUUUCGGAAGUUCAUAUUUCUUGCGGUUCAAGCCGUUGACAUUCCACUGCAAAAAAGCGCAGGUGUUGCAAUGUGGAAAGUUAAUGGGGCUGCAUACCUUAUAGCGUUCAACUAAAAACUUCAAUAGUGCUGUGCGUGAGUGCGCCUUCCUACCUUCACUAUUACCACUUUUAUACCAUUUAGCUCAUUGUGUAAGAUAUACUUUUAAAUGGCAAAGCAUCAUCCAGAUUUAAUAAUGUGCAGAAAGCAGCCAGGAGUUGCGAUCGGUCGACUUUGUGAAAAGUGCGACGGAAAAUGUGUUAUAUGUGAUUCCUACGUUAGGCCUUGCACUUUAGUUAGAAUUUGUGACGAGUGCAAUUACGGUUCCUAUCAAGGAAGGUGCGUUAUAUGUGGAGGCCCUGGGAUUUCUGAUGCCUAUUAUUGUAAGGAAUGUACUAUUCAAGAGAAAGAUAGGGACGGUUGUCCAAAAAUUGUGAACCUUGGAAGUUCGAAAACCGACUUAUUUUAUGAGAGGAAGAAAUAUGGUUUUAAGAAAAGGUGACUGGAGAGGAUGCACUUUAGUUUAAUAAGUUCUU